AUGGGAUACGAGACCAGGCGGCCACUCCCUGAAAACACUCCAGCAAGCCACGUACUGGUCCUCGUGGAAGUCGGAACGAAGAUGAGGGGAUACAUCCGGCCUGCCGACUUCACCCUCACAGAAGAAGAACUGGCCUUCUACCCGCCAUUUCUGCCGACGCCGCCCAACCUGCAGCCGGCCCAGGAGUUUGAGACCAGUAGCAAUUCUUGCCUGAAUCGGCAGACUGUAUCUUGGUCCUUCUACCUUGCCGAGAUUUCGCUCCGCAGGCUAGCAACGAACCUGCAUGCAGAAAUGCUGCGGCUAUGCGGGCAGCCGCUGUCGAUCCAGGACGCCCUCGAGGUCCUGGCGGCCGCGGUGCCGCAGUUUGAGGAGCAGGCUCAGGAAUGGAUUGCCUCGCUCCCUCCGUGUCUCUCGUUUGACACCCCGGCCGAGCAAGACGAUGUCUGCAGGUUCGUGCUCCGCGGGCACGUAAUCAACCUAUUCGAGAUGAUUUGCUGGCCCUUCAUAUCCGCACAUCUCACGCAGGACCUGGUCGACGAGGAAACGCAGAGGAUCCUGCCCUGGGCCAGCGGCAACAUCAAGAGGCUGGCGCAAAAGGCGUUGGACUACCAUACCCUGAGGCUCGCUGUCAACAAGUCGGGAUACAGGCAUCGUCACCACGGAACCCUCCUCAUGAUACAGUCGUGCUCGAGGAGCGCUCUGGUCCUGGUUGCUGCUAUGCUGCGCAACAUUGCAAGCACGGCGCAAAACAGUGCAAAGGGAGCGAAUACCUUGUCGCUGCCUGCUGGCUGGUGGGCGAGCCUUGACGAAACUAUUGACAUGUUGGCGUUUUGGGAGAAUGAGUCGCGGCAAUCGGCGGGCAUACGGCGCGUGUUACAGGCGGCAAGGGAGAGAGCUUUGUAG